AUGCGACGCGCGCUCGUCUUCUUCAGCGCGACCGUCGCCGCCUUGCGCCCGCGGGCGCUGACGAGCGAGAAGGACAUGAUGCCCUUUGUCAACAAUGCAAGUGCGUCGGCCGCCAUGGACGUCGGCCACAACGUGCUUCGCACGAUCACCACGCUCCGUGGCGGCGACCCCGCCUUUUACGCUUCGCUCUACACGGCGCUGCAGAUCACGUACUGCGACUACCUCUCCAACACGGACCACCACGCACCUGGCGACGAACCGCUCGCGACGUGGCCGAGCAGUAUGCACAGCGAGAUGGCCGUGCCGCCCUACUACCGCUUCGUUGCGAGUUCGCACCCAAAUGCGCUCGUCGACGAGAACGGCGAUUGUCUUCGCCUCGUGUCGCCGCCCGCGGCCGUCGCCACGCAGUACGAGCGCGGCUACUGCGAAGUGAUCGCCAACUGCUACUGGUCGACGCUCCAGUUCGAUGACGCGCAUGACCGCGUGCCAGUCUACGCGACCAACCAAGCCGCGGCGCCACCCAGCGACGCCAUGACAUUGCCGCAAGCGACGGCGACGCUUCAGAAAUGGGCCCAAAGCGCCGCGUACUUUGUCGCGCCGCCGAUCAUCCUUGGCGUCCUCUGCUUCCUUGGCUGCCUCUUCUUUCUCUUGUGUCGCUGCUGCUGCAACCGAUGCGGCGGCCGCAACGCCAAGCCGUCGGGCUACUCGCGCAUGGAGCGCGGCGUCCCGAUCGCCUUCUUUCUCGUCUUUGCCGGGGCGAUUGCGGGCGUCGCGAUCGCGAGCUUGCUCUACUACAACGUCAUUACGAAUGAAAUUGGAUCCCUCUUUACAACGACAGUGACGACGAUCUCGGGCCUCGUCUCGUGGGUGCACUCGAUCGCAGCGCCGCUCGUGCACCUUCGGGACACGGUCGUGAAUUCGGCCGACGCGAUCAGCGUGAAACUCAACAACUCGGACUUUAUUGCAGAUGGACUCAAUGGCCUCGUGCACCGCCUCGAAGCAUUUGAAAACCAAACGUACAAUGUGGUGCUGCCCCGCGGCUGCGUCGUCGGCACGGAUCUCAUUUGCAUUCCGUGUGAUGUGUGCACCUCGAUCAACGUCCAGGUGUCGGACGCGGUGUCUCAAAUGGAGUCGGCGGCAGGCUCGGGCAUUGCGACGCUUCAAAGCACGCGGUCGUCGCUGCUCUCGUUGCUCGUCAACUCCAAAGACACGAUCAAGAGUACCGUCAACAACGUCGUUGUCGGCGUCGGCUUGCUCUCCGACAUGGCCGGCAACGCGACGCUGCACGUCGACACGUACUCCAAUACGUGGCAGCACCAGUCGCUCGCACGCCAAGCCGGGAUUCUCGUGCUCUUUGUGUUUUCGAUUGUUGUGAUUGCCGUCGGCGUGAUUGGCAUCUGCUUUGGGCUGACACCGCUCCGGUGCCUCGCCAUCAUCCUCCACAUCGCGUACCUCCUAGGUUUUAUCACGCUCUUGCUCACGUUUAUCAUUUCGGCGGUCUUUAUCGCCGUGAGCAUCCUCAUGGGCGACGUGUGUCAGCUCACGCUGCUCGUGGCGCAAGACUGGACGCCAAUCCUCGGGCACUCGUCGGGCCGCGGCCUCAACGCGUGCUUCCAGAACCAGUCGCUCAUCGACGCCAUGGGCCUGCAGUCGAGUCUCGCGUUCGCCAACAACUUGACGAUUCCGUCGCUGAAUCUCUCGUCGAUGCUCCAAUUUACGUCCCUCGACGCCUUUGCCGAGACGAUUUUGGCGACCAACACGAGCACGUUUCAAGUCGACCCGACGCUCCUUCCGACGUUCCUCUCGGUCCUCAACAACUUUACGAGCCAGAGCUACAUUGCGUCGACGCAAACGGCCGCGGUCGCUGCGACGUGCGACGUCAACGACGGCAACUUUGCGCUGCAAAACCCAACGACGCCGUGGCUUUUGCAUGGCAGCACAGCCCUGACAGACCCGGUCGAGGACGUGGCCUCCAUGUACCUUCCGUACCGCAACCCGUGCGCUGGCGUCCUGCAUCCUGUCUGCGGCCACAACACCUUGUGCCCCUACGACGGCUUUCUUGUCGAGAUCGUCUCGAACAUGAGCGCACUCGUUCGGGUCACUGCCGACGCCAAGACCUUUGUCGAUGACAUGCACGUGUCGAUGCUGCAGCUGGAGAACGCCACGAGCACCUUUUCGGGCCAAGUGACCAACUUGAGCUCGACGCUCAACGAGAUCAGAGAGGUCCUGCAAGCGUCGCUCAUUAGCGACGUGCGUGCAUUUGAGAAGAGCAUGAACUGCACGUUCGUGGCCCGCGAUUACAACCGUUUUUACGUCGCCCUCUGCGGUACCGUGACGCCCGCGCUCCUCAUGAUCUCGCUGUGCCUCUUCCUGCUCGGCUUGUUCUGA